GGCGAUGGCGUGUGCGCAUGCUCUGUGCAUCUUCAUCUUCCUCACCCUCAGUCUUGCGGUCGGACUUUCUUUUGGCGCAAACGCGUCACAAGCCACCACCGCAGCGGCACAAUAACAUUGGCGAGGUGAUCUCGUGAGAGGUGGGGACGCCAUCUGCAUGUUACGACAGCAGGCGCCGGGCUUCAAAGAUGAAGCCCCACUAAGCAAUGUCCCAGGCUUCUUCAGCGACUGUUUUCUGGAACUGAAAUCACAGCCCACCUCUUCGGUGUAGAAAUCAAUCUGCAGCCAGUCAGCCAGCAUGUCGCAGCCGCCCAGCAGAAAACGGCAGCUCAGGAACAACUGCUUGGACUGGGCCCUGUCCUUGGUCGUGUGCAUGGGCCUGCUAUGGCCUCCAGGGGGGGCAUCGGUGGCACCCUGCAUCUGCGCCUCCAACAUCCUAAGCUGCUCCAAGAUGAACCUGAGCAGCGUACCGAUGAGCCUGCCGCUUUACACGGCCGUCCUGGAUCUCAGCUAUAAUGACAUUGUGAGGCUGAAGUCGGAGUGGACCACGGUGAAGCUCCCGAAACUCCGCAACCUGCUAUUGAGCCACAACGGUAUGCUCUUCCUGUCUUCGGAAGCCUUUGUGAACGUGAAGCAUCUGCGCUAUCUGGACCUGUCCUCCAACAGCCUGCAGCAUAUGGACGAGUUUUUGUUUGAGCCGCUGGUCAACCUGGAGGUUCUCCUGUUGUACAACAACAAAAUCACCCAGAUUGAGCACUCAGCCUUCAUCACCACACUCAACCUCCAGAAGCUCUACCUAAGCCACAACCAAAUCUCCAGAUUCCCCGUGGAGCUCAUCAGGGAGAAGUCCCGUCUGGAGAAGCUCGACCUGCUGGACGUGUCGUCCAACAAGAUUAAAAAGCUUCCUCUGGAUGAGAUGGGGGCGCUGCCCGCCUGGUUAAAAAAUGGCCUCUAUUUCCACAACAACCCGCUGCCGUGCCACUGUGACCUCUACACGUUGGUCGCCCACUGGGACCUCCGCAAGCUCAACUCCGUGGUGGACUUCAGAGAUGACUUCACUUGCAUCCUGCCGGGCUCGCAGAAGAAGCAAGUGGAUGUGUUUAGCUUGAGUGGCGACAGCAUGAACUGCAGUACCUUCAAGGAGGCAGAAGAGGAAGCCUUUCUGGAGCAGACGCUGAUCCUGGGCUGCGACACCAAGCGUAGGAACAUGCUCAAGACCUGGAUGCUUCCCGGUCCCUCUGCGCUGAUUCCCGACGGAAACCAGACGGCCAAAGUCUUGUCGGACGGCAGCCUGCGAGUCAGUCCAAUCCGGUUAGAAGACUCUGGAACCUACACCUGCUUGGCUACCAGCGAGGCCUUCAACGAGACCAUCUAUGUGGUCCUGAAGGUGCACAACUUCACCAUGCACGGCAGUGGCGAUACCCUCAACACGGCGUACACUACCUUGGUGGGCUGCCUGGCCAGCGUGGUCCUGAUUCUGGUUUACCUCUACCUGACGCCGUGCCGCUGCUUCUGCUGCCCCGGCAAGGGCAAAGGCCGGGGUGACGACAGCAUCCGCUCAUCCGUGCUGAGCGUGACGCCCACCCACGGAGGCGACCCCUCAACGCUCAACAGGCAUGUGGUCUUCACAGACGCCAAGGAGGCGCGGGGCCAGAACGGAAAGCUGAACCCCAACGAGGACCAGGAUGACGAAGAGGCGGAAGCUCGCACGCUGAUGAAAGGAACCAGGAAGAAGUCCGUCGCGGAGUCCAUCAGCUCCGUUUUCUCAGACACGCCCAUGAUGGUCUGAGGGGGGGGCAAAGAUGAGGAGGAGGAGGAACAACACGCAGGAUUGUUUUUUUCCAGCAUUCUAAUGUGUAGCACUUAUUGAAUGACAUACUGUGAAGGAACAAGGAGUGGACGUCUCAGGAUGUUUUCCAGGUAACUGGACUCUUCAGUAGUUUAAACAACAACCCAAAGGUGAAUGGAGGCAACUGCUCUCUUCUGAGUUAUUGACCUUGAAGAGUCCAGUUGCCCUCCUUUUACUCAUGCGGAUGACCAUGAUGCUGAGGACCUACACUGAGACAUAGGUCAGGGUGUCAUGGAUGAUAUCAGGCCAAUAUUUGCAAUUGCUUCUCGCCUAGAACAUAUAGUAGCAUAGAUACAGUGUUCCCCUGAGUUCUACUGCAAAUAGCUAAAAUAUUUAAAAAAUCCAAGUAAUUCAAGAAUUUUUUUGUUAGACAAAUUACACACUUCACAUAGUCUGGUACUUGAGUCAAGUGGAAAAAAGGAAAGCGACAGUAGCAGAUGCACUUUUAGUCAUUUAUUGAAUAUUACAAAAAGUCAAACAUGCAAAACACUCAUAAGACACAUGAAGUUGACACUCACACAAAACAUUAAUUGGCCAAGCGGAGCUCUUUUAAGGCACAGUACAAUGCUAUGAAUUCUACCGUGUGUAUGACUUCACAAUUAUUUUCUGCACCAAGUUGCCACGAGAUGCUCUUUAACUUACUUCACCAUACUUCAAUAGCACCAAGAUGUCACGAGAUAGCACCGAACAAUACACUCACCGGACAGAUUUGGCCUGAGCACAAAAAAGCAAACAAUAGAGGAUUGCCCUGAAAAAUCCACAAAUAGAUAUAGAUAUGAGUGAGGAGAGAAUAUGUAGGGGAACACUAUGUUUUAAUCCAGUACGGGGGGGACGGACUGGCUGUCACCGACCUUGAGUCAUCCAGAGAGGCACUCGGUAAUAAAGGCUGGAUUUGCAUUGCACCCAUUCUCAUGUCUUGCUCUCAAGUGACCAUUAGAGUGUGCCAUGGCAGCCUUGAGAAAAAAGAAAAUGAAAUUGGAUAGCCUCAGACGGGGAAUUUGAUACAUGUGGGACAUCUGCCAAUGUACCACGUCAAUGCCAGCUUGACGUCCAAUCAAAUACGCAACAUCGCUGACAUAGGUAUGUCUGCAUGCCUACGUCUGCACAAAAACCUUGAAAAACAGCCACUGUAAAACAUGACAAAUUACGUUAAUACAUUACGUUAGAGGUGUACAGUAUAGCAGUGCUUCUCAACCAGUUAGUGUUCCAUGGUUAAGGUGUGCCGUGAGAAACUAUCAGAGUUCAUUCAAUUUUAUAACCAAUUAGUAUGUAUCUUUGUUCGUCUAUCUAUAACUGACUUAUACUGACAAACAGAGCGAAUACAUGAUCUUCUAUUUGACUGUAGGAAGUAUAUUAUUGAUAUACGUGGGCCUAUCCACUUUAAGUAACUUUUUUGUUUGGUGCGGUGUCGUGAGAUUUCUUUUAUUAACUUAAAAUAUGUGCCUUGGCUCAAUAAAGGUUGGGAAUCACUGCAGGAUUAGAUAUGAUGUAAAUAUGCUACAUUAAAGAUGUACAGAACGUUCAAUGUGGUCUCAAUAGCCACAUUAGCGCUUUGUAGAAUAUCAAAUAUGAUGCAAAUACAGUGGUGCCUUGAGAUACGAGUGACCCGACUGGAAUUUUGCAAGAUCCGAGCCAUCAUUUGAAGCCUUCGUACUUGCUACAAUCACACAAUGAUGCCUUCCGCUAGCACCGGAUGUAAACAUGAUAGACGAGCUAACGAAUUAGUCAUGAUGUUAAUCCUGUCAGCAGAGGAUAUUGGAACAAAACCGGUGUCUCAACACAUAUUGACAAACAAAAGAACACCCCGUGGGCUUGUUUUCAUUAGCCUCUGCGAAAAACGACAAACAUAGCUGUAGAGUCACGUCGAGUAGUUGUGAAAGUCUUCUUUGUCUUUUCAUGACUGGAUUCUCCUGGAAUGAAUUUGACUUAAGGCACCACUGUAUGCUAUAUUAGAGAUGUCAUAAGCAUUAAAUAAGAAAAAUAAAGUGUAGCCAUGUGGAAGUUCUCCUAAUUCAAAUCAGUGAAGAAGAAAAGUCAGCCCAGGACAACUAAAUACUGUUUCAUGUUUAGAUUUAUGUAUUAUUUACUUCCAUGUUGUCACUGCCUGGUGUUGACGCUUGUGUUAUUAAGUGCAAUUUGCAUGUUGUUUCAUGUGGAUAUAAACACAGUCAUGCAUCAUCACAUAGAAUACAUAUGGAAUAUGGACAGUGGGCGGGAAUUGGACCUGCAAUGUAAAUCCAGCCUACAUGGAUCCAUCAGAUAGUUGACAGAGACAAGUGUAGCAUCAAUAUAAGGUCAUGUAUAGCCAUAACAUAGCGGACCUAUCCUUUUGUAGUCAGGUAUAGAGUCAUUGUUCACACAUUCUACUCUGUAUAACUACGCUGUGUAAGCCUUAUGUGACAUAACCUCCAGCAAAUAAAUACAGUAUUGAAUGCAGGGAA